AUAAAUACGGGUGUGUGCCUUACUAUCCGGAAUAUUUCGCCAUUGGAACCUGUCGCCAGUCGCGCGUAAUCACCGCCAGAGCCGUCCGGUUCUGUCCGAAGGAACCAUUGGCGCACUUUUUUCCGCACCCUUGCGCCAUCUUAGCGAUGUCGACGGAAGAAAGUGGAAGCGGGAUUUGGGAAAUUUUGUCAUCCGCAGGUGUCCCGUUGCAAGGCCAUCCAUGUCACUGAGCGGCGAGCGGACCGGCCGGUGCGGAUGGGGAUGCCGGUCGGUCGCCAGGGCGGCUAUAAAGGCCGACCUGACCGGCAGGCGGGCACCAGUUCAACAACUGCAGCCGACUGCAAGAUGCGUCUGCUCCUCCCCGUAGCCGUGGUGGCACUGGCCGGCGUGGCCACUGCCUCCUAUGGUCCUCCAGUGGCGAGCCACUACGGCGGUCGAGGCGGCGGAGUGCAUGUAGGCGGAGGAGGCGCCGUCGGAGGCGCUAUUGCAGGAGGCGCCAUCGGAGGCAGUGGUAGUUUCAUCAGCGGCGGAAGUCACGGCGGAAGCCACGGCGCAGUCGGAGGAGGAGGAUAUUAUCAAGGCGGCCUGUUCCUGUCGUUCCUGGCGCCGGAGACUAGCCACUACGAGUACACCUGGCAGGAGGCCGCCUACCAGUGCGCCUCGCGCGGCCUGGUGCUCGUCUCCAUUGAGAACUACGAGAAGGACCACUACAUCGCCAGCCUUCUCCGCAAAUACCACGUGCCCUUCAUCUGGACGUCGGGCACCAAGCACGGCUACUCGUUCCGCUGGGUAAACGGCAAGACGAUCGGCCCGUACUCGUACUCCAACUGGUCGCGCACCGGCGGCAACGGCUACCCGCAGCCCGACAACCGCGAGGGACACGAAUACUGCCUGGCCGUCCUGAACGAGUUCUACCACGACGGUAUCGUCUGGCACGACAUCGCCUGCCACCACAAGAAGGCGUUCAUCUGCGAGCGGCCGGCGAAACAUCCCUACUAGUCGCGCCCGGGUGCCGCGCGGCCUCAGUGUCGGCGUGUCCGCCGUCAAUGUCCUAUAGGGAUAUACACAAUCGAGCCAAUGCACAGCACAGGCGUAGGAAACGACAAAAAAAAAAUAUUCGGCAAUUUUUGGCCUUUUAACAAGACAUCAACAUUAACUUAUUCAAUUAUGUCAGCCAUCCAAAUCAUUAAAAAAGGUAUCAGUGUCUAUCGCGUUCUUUUUAGUGACAGUUAUCAAUCAUUUCAAGCUUCAACUACGCGGGUCACUUGUUUGUAACAGUAUUUACCAGUAGUUGUGUACCAUUAUCUACGCCUAAGGUACAUACACUGUGCAAGGGUGAAUGUCUCAUACUUUGAUUAAUGUAGGCAUAAAAGACAUGAAAUGCCAUGAACCAGUGUUGUGUUAGUUGCUCACUCCUGUUCACAUACUGUUAUAAAUACAGGUGCAUAAAAGAU